UUGGCGCUCUGGCGGUGGGCACACUAUUGUUAUUAACAAUUCCUUUUAACAAAAACAUCCAAUGAAAUUGCAAUAGUUCAAUAAAGACAGUCUAUCAACAACUGGCUUUUCAGCUAGAAAAGGCAGUGGAGAGCAGCUGGUGACCUUCACCGGAAACCGAGUAACCUGUGGAAUUUACCUAAUAUUUAGGUUUUACUUACAAUUUUUAGACAAAUUAUACAAUUUGUGGCGCUACCAACUGGCCUAGUACGCUCCUGAUGUCGGAUCCACUGAUAAUUUGCGUUUGCGACUACUGGCGGCGAUGUCAUUACCACAAUCGUCCAAAUCGGGAAGCCGGCGACGCGUGCCCAAAAUCAAAACCACUGCGGAGGCUGUGCAUCCAAGUGGACGCCAUCAAUGGGAAUUACUACCUGCGCGAGUUCCUGCACCAGAAGGUGCUGGCCCAGAGCCUCAGGCGCAACUAUGGCGUUCAGCUGGUAUGGUUGGAAUUUGAGGCUCCGCAAGAGGACACCAUUGACUACAGAUUCGCCGACAUGCUGGCGCACACGCUGUGGGAGCACAUCGAGGUGGAGCACCUCAUGUCCUGGCUGUCCACACUGGGCGGCGGAUUCUCCGCCCUUGGCGAGCAGUUCGAGCGAUGUGCGGAGACAGCUGGAAAGAUCUCGCUGCAGCAGUUAAAGAUUGGCCUGCGACUCGGCGAUCCGUUCCUGCAGGCGCGCUGCAAGCUGUACUUCAGCAUUUCGCUGAUCCAGCGCGGUCAGCUGCGGACGGCGAAGCAUCUCAUCCGCAAGCAGUACGACUUUGCGAGAAGAAACGUGGAGAAGGAUGUGCGUCUGAUGCGGAUGUGCCUGGGCAUUUGGCAGCGACUUAGCUACGAGUACGAGCAGCGAAUGAUGCGGAAGAGGCGCAACUGAGUUGGACUUGAAACCGCUGAUUAUUCCGAUCAAAGAGCGAACAAUUGUAAAUUAUAUUGGGGAACACGAUUCGAGUGUUCCGUGUUCCUUUCCUUUAUUUUUGAUAAGGAGAAAAGCAAAUAUUGUUUUCAAUAUAUUUAUUUAAUAUGUAAUUGUAUAUACGUAAAAAAUGCAUUUACAUUAUUCAUUUA